CAACGGGAGAGGCCAUAACAGUGAGAGGCCCACGUACCACAAAAAAAAAAAAAAAAAAAAAAGUAAUGUAUGAGUGAGAAAUUAAUAGUACCUUAAAGCAGGCAUCGUAAGUCAGUGGUGGGGAAGGAAGUGGUGGGACAUUAAAGUCGCUCUGGGGGCAGGGACUCCUUAGCGCCUCCCAGCAACACCAGUGUCCGUGGUUAAUGGGGUCAGUAGUUUUGUUUUCAAAUUUAGAAGUAAAAAUAAGUCCCUUUUUAUCUAGACUUCAGACUGGCAGUAGAAUAAAUCACAAGGGAAAAGAUAGGUUGGCUGCGUAAAAAUCGAAUUACGUAUUCAAUAUGUCCAAAAAGCAAAGGCCACAGAAACCGGGAAAUAUGUUUCCAACCAAUACUAUAUGGGAUAAUAUAUUUUAGUAUGCUUAAUCCGAGUCCCAGCUGCCGCCUCUGUUUGAAUGGGAUGGUUUCACCUCCCUGGUGGAGUGUGUCCAGUUUUAAGUCCGAGAGGGUCUUGACGUGCAGAUAGCAGUGUUCUUUGUCCCACCCCCAGGAAUUUAGUCCACCAGCGACUGGUUUAACACAAACUUAGAAGUGGAAGGAGUUUGCUAGGAGACGCUAGUCAUAGUGUGCUUGGGGCAAGUUCCUGGAAUGGAAAAGUGGAGGGAGAGAAAUUACUCCAGGUCCAAAGAUCCUCAGGGGUCAGGUGGCUGCCAAGUUUGGUAGAUGGGUUGCAACCUUGAGGAAGGUGAGUUGAGAGAGGCUGGUGGGCUCUUUGAGAUUCAGUGUAGUUUCACGUUACUGCAUGGAAAUGAAACUGGGUGAGAAAACUGAUUUUCAGAGCCUGAGUUCAUGAAUGGGGGGCGAGGAGUGUUGCGGGGAGGAACCCAGCUCCCGUGAGGGGAGAGCAGUGCCGGUCCAGUUUCCCGGGGAGCCGGGUCAGACCGGAAGUUAAUCCACUGAAGCACUCAGCUCAGGAGGUUGGGAAGCAGUUGAAAAGCAAGCGGACGGAUCUCUUCUGCUACCAAAAUCACUAGGUGCUGAGGUUUUUUUUGUUGUUGUUUUAAUGGAGGCUUCCUCAUGCUGAUCUGAAAGACUCAAUGAAUAUUUUUGGAAAGGAUGAUGUGGUGGGUUUGGAGCAGCCCUGGAGAGAAACGAUUCAGACAAAGGCCCGGCAGACAGUUGUGGGUAUAGGGAAAGCUUUGGGUUGAAAGAAACGGACAGUCAUCAGUGUCUGAAAGGGGAAGAGCAAGGGGCUGGCCUGGUGUCGGGUGCUCUGCUUGAGGGCUUCAAACACAAAGUUAGUACCUUCCCCACCUUCACGGCCAACUAGUCCAGGUGAUGCAGACUGAUCACAGUGUGAACGGGUCACACACAGAGUCCCGGGACCCCUGAGGUGCUACAGCAGCUGAGGGGGCAGGGCAGCCUUCACCUUCUUCACAGCCCUGCUAUCUUCUCAUUACUCAUUUCUAAACCACCCCUCCCCACCAUGGUUCCAUUCGUCUUGGCAUUCACUGAGGAAAUACGAGAUUUUAAGGGGCCUGCAGAAAAUUGGAGUGGAGCCAGUGACCAAGUGGCCCAGCCAGGAAACAUUGUUUGGACUGAAGCUCAGUUCCCUGAAGGUCGAGAAAUCAACCUUCAGGGUUUCAGCAACAAAAUCCAAGCUUUGGAGCUCUAAGCGACAAGGUCUGAGAACUGGGAAGUUGCCCCAUACAUAAUAGGAAGUUGUUGCAGGUUCAUUUCUGUGCCAAGAUGCUAUUUGGAUUGUAGAAGGUAGACGAAGCACCUCCUGGUUAACGCACUGCCAUUCUCAACCGCAGUUCCCAACGUGACAAGCGAGUGCUUACUGCCCUGGCCAGUUUCUACCAGAGCAGUGGAUUAAAUGUCACAAAAGACGGCAAGGUGGAGAUUCCCAUAUGGGCAUCUGGGCACCUGCCAGAAACCCCCCCUUGUAGAGUGACCAGACUAUUGUUUGAACAGCCUUGUAACUGGUUCCUCUACUUCUGCCCGCCUGUUCCCUUUUUUGCUUCCAGAGUGAUGUUUUCUAGAACAGAAUCUGUCAAGAUCUCUGAGAGAGACACAAGUGGUUCCCCUCUUAUCUCCAGCUCUUCAGCUUCCCCUAGGAGAGCCCCCUUGACUUGCCCCUUCCUCCCUCCCACCUGGUUCCUGUCUCCUCUCAGCCACUCGUGUUGGCUCCAGCUUCAAAAUACAUCCAUAUUCCAGCUACUUCUCACACCGCUGCUGUAACCCUGCUAGUUCAUGCCCCCAUCAUCUCUGAAAUGAGCUGAGCUUCUUCUCUACUGUGUUCUCCAGAGAAACGGAACUAAUGAGAUGUGUCCAUAUACAUAGUGAGAGAUUCAUUAUAAGAAUGGGCUUGCAUGAUUAUGGAGGCCAAGUUCCCAUAUCUCCAGUCAGCCAACUGGAGACCCAGUGUUUCAGUUUGAGUCCAAAGGCAGCAAAAAACCAAGCUCAGAGGCAGUCAGGCAAGGAGUUCCUGCUUACUGAGCCUUUCUGUUCCAGUCUGGUCUUCCACUGAUUGGAUGAGGCCUACCCACUCACGCUGGGUAGGGCAGUCUGCUUUCCUCAGUCCACCAAUUCAAAUGUUCAUCUCACCCAGAAACAUCUUCACAGACACACCCAGAAUAGCACUUGACCAAAUUUCUAGGUACUCUGGCCCAGUCAAGUUGACACGUAAAAGUUAACCAUCUUCCAAACCAAGCUUCCUGUUGUCCUCUGCUGUAGUCUGUUCUCCACACAGCAGCCAGGGUAACCUCUUAAGGUAUGAAGGCAGGGUUGGGUAAGCAAAGGCCCACAGGCCAAAUCCAGCCCACUGAAAGUUUCUGUACAGCCUACAAGCUAAGAAGAGCUUUUUCACAUUUUGAAAUGGCUGGAAAAAACCCAGUGACAAGUAAAAAUUACGUCAAAUUCAAGUUUUAGUGUCCAUAAAUUUUAUUGGAACAUAGCCACGCCCAUUUGUUUGAGCAGCAUCUAUGGCUGCUUUCACUCUGCACCCUCAGAGUUGAGUAGUCAGAAUGAAACCCGAUGGUCACAAAGCCUGAAAUAUUUACAAUCUGGCCCUUUAGGAAAAAGUUGGCUGACUCCUGUUUUUAGGCCCAAAACCCUCCAUUGGCUUUUCAUCCCACUCAAUAAGGGCUGUAAGAUCCUCACAGUAAGUUGAGGCUGGCCCUCGACCUCCUGACCUCGUCUCCUGAUGUCCCCUUGUCACAAGGCCUCCUACCUCUGAGCUUUCACAUGUGCUGUUCUCUCUGGACCACCCAUCCUUCCCCCCACCCCCAGUGUCUGCAGGGCUCAUAACACGUAUCACCACCAGCUCUAUCAACUCAUGAGUUUCUGUCUCUCCCAAAUUGAAUGAGAACAGGAUGGGAACUUGACUAUGGUAUCCCUGGAUUCUGGCAUAUGGUGUUAAUAAAUACUUGUUGAAUGAGUGAAUUGAAAAUAUAGACAUUAUUAUCUGAGAUGGGGAUACCUGUGGGAUUAUCUGGGCAACAGUGCUUUGCUUCCAGAUUAUAACCUUCCCCUGACCACAGUCCACCCCAGGCUGGACCAGCGAGCCCACCACCUUCCGUGCCGGCAAAUCUGAGUUCUCCUUUACAAAGGCCUGGGAUUUGGGGGUGCAGGGAGCUAGCAGGCAGGACAGGUACACAGUGAUGGAGAAAGCGCUCUGGGUCCCUUCUGCUCCCUAAGUCCAUGCCCGAGAUCCUGCUGCACGAGUUACCCCAGGAAUCCUACUGCCACCUAAGCCGGUUUGAGUUGAGUUUGUCUGCAACCAAAAUUCCUGCCUCAUGCAGCUCUGUCUCCGUCAUCAGAGCCCCUUGAGUUCCGAGGUCCAGAGUUCUUCAUCUUUGUACCUUUAGGGCCAAGCCCAGGCUUGGGGUGGCUCCUUGGAGACAUUGAUUUCUUCAGCUGCUGUGCUCCUUGGAAAACCCCUGGAGUCUGGAGCACUUUAGAUUUGACUGCCAUCUGGCCUUCUAGGCCUGGGACCAGCCCCUGCGCUGGCCACUGUCCACCCUAAGCUGACCCAGUGAGCCCUGGAGAGUCCCUGUCCACUCUGGAGGACUGGCUUACUUUGCAGGCUCCCAUCCCAGCCGCCAGCUCCUGAGAGGCAGCCAGAAUCGGGCUGAACGUGAACUCCUCAAAGUUCUGUUCCCAUUUGAGAGGGGAAUUGUUGCAGGAAGGGGGACCCCUUCCAGGGCCCAAGAGUGGACUCUUGUCUAACAGUCAGAAAUGAACGGUCCGAGGAGGCACACGUGCUGACAGAGCAGGAGACUUUAUUGGGAAGGGACGCCCAGGUGGAGGGCAGCAGGGUGAGGGAACCCAGGAGAACUGCUCUGCCACGUGGCUCGCGGUCUCGGGUUUAAUGGUGAUGGGGUUAGUUUCCGGGUUGUCUCUGGCCAAUCAUUCUGACUCAUGGUCCUACCCGGUGGCACACGCGUCACUCAGCCAAGAUAGAUUCCAGCGAGAAGGAUUCUGGGAGGUUGGUAGGGACAUAUGGACCGGUGUCUCCUGACCUUUCCCGAAUUAUUCUGCUUGGUGGUAGCUUGUCAGUUCUGCAUUCCUCACCAGGAGGUCCUGUUGCCAGGCAGCUCAUGCAAGUGGUUACUAUUGGGCCUUGCCAGGGAGGGCAGUUUGGGUCAUUGGUUCCCCUAACAGAAUGACGUCCUGGCUGUGGUGGCGCCCAAAGCGGCCGUUUCCCCUUCGGACAUUCAAAUCAACCCAUGGCAGCCUGUGAGCCCUCCCUUGGGUCAAAGAGGGCGUGUGGGGAGGAAGAAGGGAAGGGCAGGCAUUUGGGUUUGGUUCCCCUCUGCCUCUCCAGGGCUGGGCCUUUUAUUAGAAUAUCCCUGUUCUCUGUUUCAUGAGACCUUUGCUUUCACUUGAACAAAGUGUCCUGUGGGUAAAUUUGAAAACUGCUGCGCUGCCAGCUGGACUCCUGUUUGUCUGAGAGGAAGCCACAGGUUUUGCAGUCUGGCCCACCUGGGCCCUUCCCUGAGCCCCAGCUUCCUAGGAGGCAUGAUGGCCACUUAGGAAGGCAGGCAUGAUUCUAUGGGACGCCACCCCCGUUUUCCUGCAGUUUUUUCCAUUUUCAGGGAAAUGGGCAUAGGGUCCUACAGGAAGUGGACAUCUUGUGAGGGAGGGGCCCCGCGGGUCCCCAGCAAAUUACAAAGAUGAUUGGAUCUCAGCUACUCCUGGCCUGUCCUUGCCUAUCCACAUAUUUCCAGAAGUCCACAAGUGUUUUUUUGUUUGUAUGUUUUUUCUCGUUUUCCUCAAUAACUGACCAGCUUAUGUCUGGUGAAUACCACGAUGGAGCUAAGCUCUGCUGGCUUUGGCCGCCUAAUGCUUGCUCUCUUUGUCUCUAUGGUAUUAAGUUUCAUAAGGACGGUUUCCCACCGCACUCCACAACCAGAAACGACUAAGGAGCAAACACCAGAUAGGCCUCUGCACAAGCAGAGCUGUACAGGCAGUGGUGAGGCCGUUGGGACUGGGUGCCCACCGUGAGGCUGUGACCGUCACCAUGUGGCAGGUGCAGCACUUUCGCCCAUCAGCUGACGGAAGCACGACCGCAUUUAGCGCACAAAUGAUCAUCUAGGAGGGUCCGAGUAUAAGGAGGUUGUGGACUGUUUGGAUAUCAAAUCCUUCGUCGUCCAGUUGGCGGCCCAAGGAGCCACGCCGUUCCCUUUAAGAUGGGGCUGCUCCAGCAGUAACAGGCCUUUAGUUAAUGCCCAGGACCACAUUUUCCCAAAAGGCCCAUAAAUGGGCCUUUGUUCCCAGGCUAGCCCACCACUGGACUCUGGUAGAGAAAGGAACUUAACACCCAUUGGCUUUGCUGAUUGUAAUUCCUGCUCCACACCCCAGCUGCUCACUUCAGGUUAGAGGGUGGUGGGGAGCAUUGCAUCCCCUUGGACCAGUCAUUGCAGGCAGGCCCAGCCAGGAAAAGCUGGAAUUACUUGCAUAUUUAUUCAACAACCUUUUAUCUGAUUGAAUGCAGGCUCUGUAAUCAGACAGCCUGGGUUCAAACCCUGGUUCUGCCACUAACUAGCUGUGUGACCUUAGGCAAAUUACUUAAUCUCUCUGGGCCUUGGUUUUUCUCAUCUAUAAAAUGGGAAUACUAAUAGUACCUACCUCGUGGGGCAAUUGUGACGAUGAAACAAAUUAGCAUAUAUCAAAAACCUAGGACACUCUCUGGCACAGAGAAGCACCUGAUAAAUGUUAGCAGUUUUUAUUCCUAUGUGCCAGGCUCUGUGCUUGGCCCAGGAGAUGCCACAGUGAACAAAACAGACACGGUUUUCUCCUGGGGCUUUUGGGGAAAUAGACAUUUAUUAGAUAAUCCCAUGUACAUUGGAGAGGGGCACAGGGUUCUGAGAUUGCAGAAUGGGGCAGGGUGGGCAGGACAGGCUUUUUCUGAGGAGGGGGCACAUGAACUGGGUCUGAAGAGUGGGGAGGGGUUACCCAGGUGAUGACCAGUAAAGACUGCUCCAGGCAGAAGGAACUGCGCAUGCAAAGACCCUGUGUCGGGGGAAACAUAAAAGGAGCUAGAAGAGAGCCGGAGCAGAGAACAAGGGGGCAUGUGAAUGAGAUGAGGCCAGGGGUGAGGGGGGUGGUUAAGCAUUGCCAGCCAUGCUGGUGAUUUGAGUCUUUAUUCUAAAAACAAUAGGGAGCCAUUGAAACCUGCAUAGGGAGAGAGUUCCUGCACUUGGAGCAAAGAAGGGACUUCUGCUCUUAUUCAUUGAGGAAUGGCAUCCUGAAACCUAUGGCAGGUUUUGCUCUUGAGUUUUAGGGUAAAUGGACUCAGGGAGUCAGAGAGGUGAGGCAGUUGGCCUCUGCGUAUAUUGGCAGCCCUACCUGUUUACUCUCAGGCCUUAACUGAGUCCUUCCAUUGUUUUGCACUAAGCAUUCAAAUCUCCAUUUUCCAGAUGAGCCAGCCUCAGAGAGCUCAAGUGAAUUCCCUAAAGCCACACACAGAAAAUGUGAAGCAAGGACCCAAUUCUCCUGAUUCUUAGGGCUGUGUUUUCUACCUGGCUGCAUUCAGUGGCCCUGCCUGGUAGCUUUUGGCCUGACCACUAACCUGAAGGCCCCAAGAGGACAAGGACAGUGUGUGUCCUGCUUGUGGCUUAUCCCAGUGCCCGGCGCUUGUCAGGGCUCAAUAAAUGUGCCCUGCACUGAGAAAGCCAGCAGUGUAGUCUUAAGGGGACCAGUGUUUCUUUCUGCCCAUCAGUGGGGACCAGGUGGGUCCCUUUUCCAAUCUGGUUCUCCUCAUAGCCAGUGACUCCCAUUUUUCUAGGCCAGGGGUCAGCAAACUGCAGCCUGUGGGACAAAUUCACCUGUUUUUGUAAAUGAAUUCCACCUGUUUUUUAAAUAAAAUUUCGUUGGGACGCAGCCAUGCUCAUUCACUUACAUAUGGACCACGGCUGUUUCCAUGUUACAACUGCAGACUUGAAUAGUUAUUGACAGAGCCACAAAACUGAAAAGAUUUGCUCUCUGGCCCUUUACAGAAAAAGCUCCCUGAUUCUAUUCUAGGGAAUGCAUUGUUCUUUUGAGAGUUUAGUCUGUGAUAUGAGCAGGUUCCUAAACCCCUCCAGAGAAUCUUCCACGGAGAUCUUCCGUAGUCAGGCUGAGGAGCAUUUGGAGAAGUGAUAUCGUUGGUCCCAUCGCUGUGGCCGGGGGGCAUUGGGAAACCAUGGCUGGCAGCCCCGAAAAACACAAGCUUAGGGGGUGGGAGGAGCUGUCCCCCAAAGACCCCAUAAGGAUAGAAACAGACAAAAGCAGCAGAUUGUCUAGCCAUCCUGAAAUGUAGGGUGUCUGUAAAGUCCUUGUAGAAUUUAAAAUCUGUUUCCUGAUAAUAAAGCUGACAUAUACAUCAUUAUAUACAUUUUUCUAUUUAAAAUUAUAGAAAAGGAAAAUAGGAAGGGCCACUGUCAUGCUUACAGGGCACUGUAAGCUUUUUUUUCAGUCCAUCCUCUAAGCACCCACACCCCUGAAAGUAUGCUGUUUACAUUCUUAUACCCCUGCUUUUACACCUAACAAGGGGUGAGUUUACAGGCAUUCAGCAUAAAGGGGACUUUAACACCUGCGUCUUAUCCCAUUAGGGGACAGGUUUCCAUUGCAUGGGACGUGAAUGUUUCUUCCCAGUGUUUCUUAGGUGAAAUACCAUUGCUUCAAUCUUUGAGGGCAUUCUGGAGUACUUUUCUGGGUUCCGUUUGUGGAAGUGGAAACCUGCUCACUUUGAAUGCUUGCAUCUUACAGGUGUUUAUGUGCCACGAGGUGUGCUGUACUUUUAUGGUCUUCGCACAGGCACCAAGAACCAGUAUCCUCUUAGCAAUAUUUCCUCCUCUGCAAGGCAGAUUUAGCGGCACAAGUCUUCCCUUGACAUAGCUUUACCUGCUGCUAAGUUAUUGCCUUCCCCCUUACAUAGAGCACUUGCUGGUAUAGAGAAGACGCACCAGCACUCAAAUACUCAGCCAGCACGAUCCCAGGCCAGGGGUGGAGGUUGGGGGCUUUAUUCUGUCUCCCUGGACCCUGCGGCUGACUCUGUGUGACCUUGAGAAAGGCACAGCCUUGCUCUGAGUCUCAGCAUCCCCACCUCCAAAGGCUGCUGUGAGCCUACAAGAGGAUAGAUGCACAGCGUCUGGCGCAGAGCAGAGGCCAAGGAAAUGUUAAGCGUUUGUAUUACGAGGCUUUGCAGGUGAGGAAACUGAGGCUCCAGAGAAGUGACUUGCCUAGGUCACGCAGCUUGUAAAACGCCAGUUACGAGGCCCCUGAUCUUGAGAGUGGUCCCUUCCAGGGCACUGCUCCUGGCUGGUUCUCAAAGCUCACAGGGGCAUAAGGGACUGGGGGCUGGACAGUGGCAGAAUUAACUUUUCCCCAGGCUGUGCCCAGAUCUUCUGAGAAGCAGCUUGUAGCUGCAUGGGGGUCAGGGAGGAAAGGAGGCGUCUGGGAGAUGCGGGGCUCUGCAUCUGCUUGCUCUAGACCCCCUGGCCAGUACCCCACCCCAGUGCCGCAGGUGAAGCUAACAGCCUCUGAUACCCCAUUCAGAAAAGAACAGAUGAUCAGGUCCCCUGGCCCUGUGGCCUGGGAGGGGCUGGUCCCUGCUCUAGGACAACCAACUCAUCCCACUUUGCCUGGAGCUGACCUAGUUUUAGUACUGGAAGUCCCGUAUCCCAGGAGCCCACUCAGUCCCGGGCAGGCCGGGAUGGUCAGUCACGCUCUGUGUAGACUGUCAGCCCAGACAGUCUGGGUCUUGCCUGCUGCAAAGUCAUGGAUGUUCCCCUCUCCACCCUGACAGGUGGGCGAUUGGCCCGCUGGAAGUUCCUGUCAGAGCCACCCUCGUGCCCCUCUGACUUGGCCAUCAGCAUCCUCCCCAGUUCUUGGAGGACCUUCCAUCUUUGGAGGUUUCCUAUUUUAUAGAGAACUGGGACCUGGAUGGGGGGAAGUCACCCCAGGGUCACACAGGUCCCUGACUCCUGGUCCGCUCACUCUCCUUGACCGCUGCAUCUUAGGGAUCUUGCCAUCGGCUUCACACCUGUGGGUCUGGUGAUGGGCUGUUGUUCAGGAUGCGCUGGGAUUCGGGGUGGACAUCCGGGGCAGAUCCUAGCAGAGAGACUGUCCCGCCCCCAAAGUGCUUGUGAACCCAGGCUAGAAGAGACGUACCUGGAAUGCUUAUGGUCGGGGAGUGGCCUUCCUCUCCUGGGUAAGGCUUUCAGAGUUUCUCAGCCCCUGCCCCGGAGGGCUGGCUACUCCCCCACCUGCUGGGGAGGAGCGGGAAGCUCUGAGUGUCUCCCUUCCUCUUUGGGGACUUCAGUUUCCCUGUCUGUACAGACUGAGUUUUGGGCCCCUUCCAGCUGUAGCUUCCUAAAGUGAUCAAGGUUCUGUCAUGUGAACAACCCACUGGGGCUCUGAUUUUCAGUUUAAAACAACCUGUGUGCAAGGCAGGAUGUGAACCUCUCUCUGCAUGUGUCCUGAGCCCCACCUUGUACAAAGCCACUGGCCAGACCCUGGGAGACAGCCCUUCCUCCUUGGCUUCCUUGAGAGUCUGUGCGUUCUCAGGCCUCCCGGCCAUGGCUCCUGCUCUACGCUCUCCUUGGGCUGCUGCUUUCCCCCUGGGCUGCCCGCCCAGCCCACCCCUACUUGUCAUCUCAAGGGCCACUUCUCCUUGGAAGAGUCUCCUGACAACUCCCCCCCGACCCAGGGUGGGUUAGGGGCCCCUCCCUGGCUCACCCCAGGGUGACGUGACCACACUGUGUCCUAACGGUCUGUUUACCUGUUUACUUGCUGGCUUCCCCACCAUCCUCCUUCGCAUCUGGUCACUCCCUCCCUUCCAGGAUGGGUGCCCUCUCACCUCCACUCUCCAUCCCCGUGGAGUAGUGCUGUGGCAUUUCUCAGCUUGGGCCGACCCCUCCCCCACCAACUACCCCUCCCCCGCAAGUUUCCAUGUGGUUCUAGGUGUUUUCAUGGUUACAGGAACCCAAGAGUGGCCUCGGGCUCAGCAGGGCCCUUUCUCCUACUACACACCCAAGCUUGAUCAACGUCCCCAAAGCUGCAACAAACAAGGAGGUGUGGGCCGUCACGUGGCCUUGAGUAACCACACUUUUGCUUCCUUCUUUUACACACGGCCGUUGGGGGUUGGAGCGGUCUGAGACCACAGCAGAGGUGCCACAGCCGUGCUUGGCAGCACAGGCUGGGUCCUUGUUACUAAAGCAGAGAAGCCGCUUCUCCUGGGCCCACGAGGCAGCCAUCUCAUGCUCUGCUGAGCACGGUGCCAUGUUUCUGAAACUCCUAUUGCUCCUGGCCCUGCUGGGCCCUGGAAGCAGCCUCCAGCUGUGGGAGACCUGGGAGGAUGGAGCCAAGGAGGCCCCAGGCCCCCUGCUUGUCCGUGGCCGGAGAGAAGUGGAUGAGGACGACUCCGACAUAUAUGACUAUGACGUACAGACGGACCCUCCAGAAAUGCUUAACUAUAGCACCAAGGCCCCCAAGCUUCUGCCUGUGAUGGGAACAUUGGAGCAGAGAGAGUCUGCAGGGCCUUUAACACCUGAGCCAACCACUCUGGAGGUGGCCACAAGGGACCCUGCUGUCCUGGAUGCAGGAGGGGCAGCCACUGGGAAUGUGAGCAUGGAACCGGUCAUACUGGUCACUCUGACCAAAGAACCAGUCACUGUAAUCCCUCCCAUCAUGGAGGGUCCAUCCACAGAAUCAGCUGCAGUGGAGGCCCUGUCCACAGGGCCAGCAGGCAGAGCAGCACUGGCCACAGAACCUGCAGCCACAGAGGCUCUGUCCACAGAGACCCUGCCCACGGAGCCAGCAAGCACAAUGGCACCGGCCACAGAACGCACAGCCACGGAGGCCCUGUCCACAGGGGCCCUGACUACAGAAUCCACAGCCACGGAGGCCCUGUCCACAGGGGCCCUGUCCACAGAACCCACUGCCACGGAGACCCUGUCCACAGAACCCACUGCCACGGAGACCCUGUCCGCAGAGGCCCUGUCCACAGGAUCCACUGCCACAGAGGCCCUGUUCAUGGGACCCACAGUCAUAGAGGCUCUGUCCACGGAACUGGCCACCACAGCAGUUCUUUCCAUGGAGCCCACUACCACAGGGGCCCUGCCCACAGAUCCAGCCACUGUGAAGACCCUGCCCACAAGACCUGCUACCACAAGGGGCCUAACCACAGCCCUUGCUGUGCCCUCUGACCCUCCCAAGAGCACCAUUGUGGCAGUUGGCAAUUCAUCUGAUAACUUGAUCUACAAAUGGAAAAAUGGUCAGAGUCUUUUCCCCCGGAGCUCUGUGACCCCAAGCUCCACAGAGGGCCUGCUUGACCCCAGCUCGGUGAAGCAGUGUCUGCUGGCCAUCCUCAUCCUGGCCCUGGUGGCCACCAUCUUCCUCAUAUGCACCGUGGUGCUGGCCAUCCGCCUGUCCCGCAAGAACCAUCUGUACCCCGUGCGCAAUUACUCCCCCACCGAGAUGGUCUGCAUCUCAUCCCUGCUGCCCGAGGGGAGUGAGGGGCCAGCUGCCAUGGCCAACGGGGGCCUGCCCAAGGCCAAGAGCCAGGGCCUGAAGGCGGGGUCUGGGGAGGACCGCGAGGGGGAUGACCUCACCCUGCACAGCUUCCUCCCUUAGCUCCCGGCCCGGCUGCCUGAGCAGGACCAGCCCCCAGGCGGCCUCGCUGGGCCACCACCCAUACCCAGGCUCUAUGCCACGGGUCCGGGCUUCCUUGGAGCCGCCUGGGGAUGGGAAUGUUUAGGGUGGGAACCCUGGCCGCCCUACACGGGACUGAGAGCAGUCAAGGUCCAGGCACCAGAGCAGGCCUGGCAAACGGAGCCUCCAGUGGAGGCUGGAGAGGCCGCCUCCACCUCCCUGCCUCCCAUGUGUUCUUUUCUUUUUUUUCUCCCAUGUGUUCUUGACCCCCUCUAAUGCCUCCCACGGCUGCUGGAAUCUCAUCCCCAUGUGCCCAGGAGGACUCAGCGUUCCCUGCCCACACCCCCACUGCCACUUUCUUCUGGUGGCCAUGGUCACUGCACAGGAAGGGGGCACCUUUGCGGGGGGUUACACCAUUCCUGAGUUCAUUUUUUGUCACUCCCGGUUUGGGGUAUCUCUCCCAGGAGCCCAGGGUGAGGGCUGGGCAUGUGACGGCUGGGCAGGCUGGGAAAGCCCAAGGCUACAGGCUUCUCUGGGACUUUGUGGACCAAUGAGCUUCCAUCUGGUGACAGAGUGACCCCCGUCCCGCCCUCCCUCGCCUCCCCCUGUGGCCUUGUUUUAGGGUGGGCUCUGCCUUGUUCCCCGAAGUCUCCCAGGGCCCAGCUCGGGGGCCCGGGAGAGCACAGACACUCAGUAAAUGUUUGGUAAACAAGCGAUGGCUGAACGAACUCUUCAGGGUACCAAGGUGCCUCCUUCAGGUGGGGAGUUGGUCCUUUGCUGUUCACGCCCGGCCCCAGGCCCCUCAGGAAGACCCCAGCACGGGCUGUUGCGGUUACUUCAGGGGGCAUCUUGCUGUUCCCUUGGGCAGCUGGGAGGCGGGGUUCAGGCUGUUGGAGGACAGAGGGUGCUGGCCUGAGGAACCACUUUUUCCAGCACCUCCCGUGACCCAGUUCAAGCCUACGGAAUUUGGUUCCCCCGCCAAAUCUCAGCCAGAUACCCCUCUAAACAUCAACGCCACCCUCCCCAGAAGCCCACCCUGACCCCUCUGUUCCACAUGGGGCCCAUCUCCCGUUAACACCCAGCGGCCCCUCCUCACAGGGGGAGCCUGGCUACAUCCUACAAGGCCUUCCUACAACUGACCACCUGUCACGUAGAGUUGGGGGCCAGUAAACUUUUUCUUAAAGGGCCAGACCAUAAAUAUCUCGGGUUUGGCAGGCUUCUCGACUCUGUCAUCAUGGCGUGAAUGCAGCGAUUGACUCUGUGUCAUAAAUGAAUGCGUUUGGCUGAA